AUGGCAACUGUCAAAGAAGGAGAUUACGAUGGUAUCCGAGAGCAGGUCAGAAAGAUCAUGAAGCAGCCAGGAUAUGAUGAUGGAUCAGCUGGUCCAGUAUUAGUGCGGUUGGCAUGGCAUGCGUCAGGUAAUUUCAGCUUGGUCGAGCAUACUGGAGGAUCCAACGGGGCCGGAAUGAGAUUUCCUCCAGAGUCGGUAGAUCCAGCCAAUGCAGGCUUACAUCACGCCAUAUCGUUCUGUCUGCCUAUUCAAGCUGCUAAUCCUUGGUUAUCCCAUGCCGAUUUAUGGACCCUCGCCGGAAUAACAGCAAUCGAAGCUAUGGGAGGACCUAAGAUACCUUGGGAACCAGGAAGGACGGAUUACUCAACUGCUGAAGCUGCAGCUGAACAUAGGGGAGAUAUAAGUGAUAGGCUACCUGAUGGUGCUCUUGGUGCGGAUCAUAUAAGAGAAGUAUUCGGAAGGAUGGGAUUCUCAGAUCGGGAGAUAGUAGCUCUUUCAGGUGCACAUGCUCUAGGUCGAUGCCAUGAAGAUCGAAGUGGUUUCGAAGGACAAUGGGUAGUUAACCCCAUUCGAUUCUCCAACCAAUACUAUAAAUUAUUGUUGCGAGAUAUCUGGAAGCCUAGGCAGUGGGAUGGACCAUUCCAGUACGAAGCUACCGUCGCUGGUACGAAGUUGAUGAUGCUCCCAACCGAUAUGGCAUUGGUGCAGGAUCCCAAAUUCAAGCCAUGGGUAGAGAAGUAUGCAGCAGAUCAGGAUCUCUUCUUCAAGGAUUUCGCAAUGGCAUUUGCCAAACUCAUAGAACUCGGAGUAGAAAGGGACGAUACUGGAUUUGCUCAACUGGUCAAGAAAUCUGCUAGAGAAGGUAAACCAUUAGAUCAAACCGCUCAGCCUUCUGUUGGUGGAUGUCCUUUUGCAGGCGGGAAGAAGAGAGAUGCCAAGUUGUAG